UAGGGUUGGAACCAACUCCCUGCACGCUGGCCCAGGGAGGUCCCUGGUAAUCGUCCUGCGUCCCUCUCCCUCCCCUGGGAAUCACCUCAGACCGCAGUGGAUGUUCCUAAAUUUCUGUGGACUCACAGCAGCUUCUCGGCCAGUUAUCUCCUUAAGGGCUGGAUUCCACAAGCCCUUCUGUCCUGCUGCGGGCCUCAGGCAGUGUUCCCGCCAAGCUUUCCCUAAAGACACAAACAGGCAGGCCCUUUCCACACCGGCCUCAGGGAGCCUUCUGCUGGGCAGAGCAUCCCUGCCAGGGGAAGCCAGGCUCGUUAAGUGGGAAGCCUGUGGGGCCUGCGGAAGGCAGCAGCCCUGAGGCUGUCUCAGCCGCCAGUUGGUGCCACCAAGCUGUCAGGAGGGAGUGGCCUUCCCCACUGUGGUUGGGAAAUGGAGACAGAGGUUACAGUGGGCGGCUGCAACCCUAUAAGAACCACGGAGUUCCUUCAGUGGCAAAGACCAGAGCCACAAAGGCUGAGCCAAGCUGCCGUGGCCAUGGGACCUGCUCUCCUCGCCCUCUCCUUCCUGUGGACCACAGCCUUGACUGAGGACACCUGUCCAGAGGUGAAGGUGGUGGGCCUGGAGGGCUCUGACAAGCUCACCAUUCUCCGAGGCUGCCCGGGGCUGCCCGGGGCCCCAGGGCCAAAGGGAGAGGCAGGCGCCAAUGGAAAGACAGGAGAACGCGGCCCCCCUGGACCCCCUGGGAAGGCAGGACCACCCGCGCCCAAGGGAGACGCUUGGGAAUCUGAUCAAUGUAACACAGGCCCACGUACCUGCAAGGACCUGCUAGGCCGUGGGCCUUCCCUGAGCGGCUGGUACACCAUCUACCUGCCUGACUGCCGGCCCCUGACUGUGCUCUGUGACAUGGACACGGACGGAGGGGGCUGGACUGUUUUCCAGCGGAGGGUGGACGGCUCCGUGGACUUCUACCGGGACUGGGCCGCGUACAAGCAGGGCUUUGGCAGUCGGCUGGGGGAGUUCUGGCUGGGGAACGACAACAUCCACGCCCUGACCGCCCAGGGAGCCCAUUCCGAGCUCCUAAGCCACCUCCUCGUGUUUGCUGUGACCUUUCCACGUCAAGGAAGGACUGCAGUACUUUCCCACAGAACCAGCGAACUCCGUGUAGACCUGGUGGAUUUUGAGGGCAAUCGCCAGUUUGCUAAGUACAGAUCAUUCAAGGUGGCCAGUGAGGCGGAGAAGUACAAGCUGGUCCUGGGGACCUUUGUGGAGGGCAGCGCGGGUGAUUCUCUGACAUACCACAACAACUACCCCUUCUCCACCAAAGACCGAGACAACGACCAAGAUGCUAAAAACUGUGCUGUGCACUAUCAGGGAGCCUGGUGGUAUGCCACCUGUCACCUGUCAAACCUGAAUGGUGGCUACCUCGGGGGGGCCCAUGACAGCUUUGCAAAUGGCAUCAACUGGAAUUCGGGGAAAGGGUACAACUACAGCUACAAGGUGUCGGAGAUGAAGGUGCGGCCCACCUAGCCCGGCGCUGAGGUCAGAGCGUCUCUCCACGAACCCUGGCUGGAGGAGCGCAUCCCUCAGCCCUCACCAAGAGGGCAACGUGGGGAUCGUGGCCCCCAUCCUCAUGGAAAGAGGGAGCUCCCACCAGUCCCUUGUAGGCAUGGCCCACAGAGCUUUGCGCCCAGUGCCAGCGUCCAGCCCCCUGCCUCCCGUCUGCAAGGUUAGGCGAAGCCCCAGUGUGCCUCCCUCACGGCAGCUGUCAGUGCUUGCUUGCCUCACAGGCGAUCAUGGAAUGCCAUGGCUAUUUGCCCUGCCCUGACCACUGGCCAUGCCACUGUGCUGCUCAUCCGUCCUUGCUUCCCUGCGACUUGGCCCUGUGGGUGGAUCAGAUGCCCUAGGGCUGAGGGGGUUUCCCACUGGCUAAGACAAAGCAGGGCCACCCUGCCUGUUGGUGAAUAAAGUUUUAUCGGCACAGCCAUUCCCAUGGCUUCCA